AUGGCGCGAGCGAUGCACUUGCUCACCCAGAUGAACUACUUUCCGGAUUCGGACGAGGAGAAUGAAAACGGGGAAAUCGCCGGCGGGUAUCUCGUCGCUCGAACGAAGAAAAAGAAGAAGAAGAAAGGGUCGAGGAAAGAAGAGCCGGAAGACGAAGACGACGACGAAGGAGAAGAAGCAAGAGAAGAAAACAAAGACGAUGGUAACGACGACGACGACGACGGAGAGAAGACGGAUGAAGAUUCGCCAAAAAUCGAGAGGCCUUUAGUGGAAACGCCACCGGAAAACGCGACGUCGCCCUUGCGGUUACGAACAACUUCGUCGGCGGUGGCGUCGUCGUUGUUCGCAGACUCACCGACGAGUGCGCAACCGCAAAUGAAAUCGACGCUGCAAAGACACGAUUCGGUGGCGAAUUUUAGUUACCGCGUGCCGUCGGACGACGAGUCGAGCGUGGACGACCGGGCGGAAGAGACGUGCUCGUUGUCGGAAUUCGCGGUGUUGCUGAACGUGGCGUUUUGGGACGAAAACGCGGACGGGAGAAUCACGGAGAGAGAGGUGAGGUUCAACGUGGGAAGGUUACGGUCGGUUGGUGUGGAUACGAUGGCUAUUGAAGCUUUGCUCGAUAAAGCGAGGCAAGAAAACGCAGACGUGUCUGUCGGGACGCUCUCGAAAGUGUUGCACAACGCGCACGCGAACGUGGCGCAAGCGAUGACGGUCUUUGCACACUUUGAUCAACACGCUGUUUUACACGCGACACAUAUUUUGGACGAGAUGGAUACCGGAUACGUCACCGUAGAUAGCGUGAAGACGGUGAUGAAACGGUUGGGCGUUAAGAGUUCUGAGGCGGACAUCGUCGCCAUGAUGGCGCAAGCCGAUACCAGCGGCAACGGGCAAGUGAAAACGAAAGAGUUUACUCGAUUGUUAGCGACUGAGUUGAAAGUGUUACGGGAGCAGCAAACAAAAGAUAUGUCGACUUUUGAAUUGGGUUCUGAUGGCGUUGUUGGUGAGAUGGAUGACUUUGAGGACGGAUCGGUGCAUUCAAAUUUAUCCUCCUCGGAUACGAUUGAACUCGCCGAGAAAGUUUUGCUGAAGAGCGCUUUAAAAAUGCAGAAAGAUGCGCAGGAUAAGCUCAUGCAAAGAGGAAAGAAAGGAGGUGGUAAAAAUAAUAAGAACAACAGCGAAGAUAGCAAAGACCAGCAAAGCGCAGAAACGGGCGCGCUAGCUGAAGAGACGUAUGAAUUAAGCAUUGAAGAAUAUAAAGUAGAACGACACGGUUCCGUCUUGGCGGCAAAACGAGAGAUGCUACGAGUACCAUCCUUUGGCGUCUUGAAGAAUUUUCCAAGCUCUCGAAAGGAUCGGGAUAUUUCCGUGAAGAAAGGAGAAGUGACGAUGAAGAAAUCAAUAACAUGGAGCGAUACGGAUACCUUAGAAACCUAUUGUCUAUACGACAGACAGACGGGCGAUAUGAUGUUUGUGAGCGAGGACGGCGAGCGAACGUCUUUACCCAUGCGAGACGAUUAUUUCACCGGUCGAACGCGGUCCAUCGCCGCAGCGAAAGCCGCUCGGGACGCUGACCGUAAUCCCUCUUGUUGUAGCAUAAUGUAA